GUAUUUGUUAAACCUCUUGGAAAUGACAAGACAGCAAUGGUACAUGGUACUCAGUACAUUGGCUUCACCGACGGGAAGCUCGAGGAUUACCUGUUCAGAGACGAAUCGUUUACGAGCCUACGAGGCGGUUACAUGAACACCCAAGCCCCACCAGUUGCAACAAAAAUUAAGAUCGCAAAUAUUCAAGAGAAUGAAUACCUGUAUGGUUUGCAGUCUCCAAGACCUGAAAGCGGAGAUUCUGCACUGACGGCAAGAUCAAUAAUUAGUGUGUCAGAUCUUUUAACAACUGACACCAAAAACAUGCCCCUUGGAACUGAUUUUACACCGAGAGCCACUGGAAAGUGUCUUCAAGUCGCAAGAUUUAGAGAGGAAUUCAGGCAGCCAAGCCCAACUGGCAGUGCAUCCCCAAUGUUACAUAGAGCAUGUACCCCUGUUUCGGAAAUAGAAAACGAUCUACCACCUGUUGGAGAAGCAAGAUAUAGAUUAUAAAUAAUGAUGACCA